UAUACCCAAAAGCCCUUUACAAAAGAAGCGAUAGAAGCAAGCUGUCAAAAUAUGGCCUUUCCUGCGAACCUGAUGCUCCACAUUCUCUCCAGAUUGCCCGUCAAAUCUCUGGUUCGAUUCGCCUCGGUGCGGAAAGCAUGGGAUGCUCUGAUCAGGGACUCCCAUUUCAUUUCUCAGCACCUCCGUCUCAACAUUUCGAAAACCGGAUGCCUUGUAAAAUAUCGUUCACAAAUUACUCGUAAGCAUGUCAUUUCUCUGCUGCUUUUAGAUGGUUAUGUGUUAUCAGAUUUGGAGAUACCAUCUGUGAUGGAUUCCAAUCACUUGAAAUUCGUGGGAUCUUGCAAUGGCUUACUUUGUUUAGCUCAUGAUACUUUUGCUAAUCUUGGGUCGCCCAUAAUUUUGUGGAAUCCUGCCAUGGCGGAAUUUAGGGUCCUCCCAGACAGUCUUAUCGGUAGUGCCAAUAUACAUAAUGCGCGGGUCUCCGGUGUUGCUCUUGGAUUCGGGUACCACCCGCUUAUUGAUGACUAUAAGUUGGUGAGGAUUGUCUCUUUGUCUCGCUCGAAAACACCUUGCAUCCGCGCUGAGGUGUAUUCACUGAAAACGAACUAUUGGCUGGAGAUUGAUACGUUUUACUUCGACAUUUAUGAACCUUCGUGCACUGCUGUGAAUGGUUUCCUUUAUUGGAUUGCAUACGGCAGGGUUGAGUCCGAACUGAUCUUAUCGUUUGACAUGCGUAAUGAGGCGUUUGGGCAGUUACAGUUGCCGGAUUUAAACGUUUUUGGAAGUCCAAUGUGCAAAAAACUCGCGGCUUCGAAGGAGUCUCUUUAUUUGAUGGCUUAUACUUUCAGUGGAAGGCAAAAGGAGUUUUAUGUGUGGCAAAUGGUUGAGCAGAAUGCUGAGGUGUUAUGGAAAAUGGAAUGCACAAUUGGACCCCUGCUCGGAGUUGAGAGGCCGCUCGGCUGCAGUUUAUAUGGCGAAAUAUACAUCGAAAGUAGCAGAGGCGAGCUGGUUUUGUAUGAUCCAACUACUCAGGAAACCAAAAACGUUCCAACUCGUGGCCUUCGUUUUUCCUUAGAAGUCCAUUUUUAUGUGGAGAGCCUAGUUUCGACUAAUGGAUAAGGUGAAAGUCGUACAAGAGACUAAGAAGAAGACCGCGUAGUUCUGGUUCUGCUGCUGUGUAUCGAAAACAGUGUCUGAAGUUGUACAAGAGGCCGACGAAGUCUAGUCCUCCUGUGACUCGUAAUUUGAAGUUGAACAAGUGGCUAACGAAGUUAUCGCAUUUAGUUCGUGCCGUCACUCUAUGCUGAAAACAAGUGCAGAAAUGCUUGGGAAAUUGCAGCACUCUUAGAUGCCAUGUCUUUAUGUUCUAUGAAAUGCUGAGGUUUGUUUAGGUAUGUUAAUGUUGAUGAUGUUAUUACCAGAGUGAGUCAUACUGGUUGGGACAUAAGAUUUCGGAUUUCUUGUUGCAAGGUGGUAGUUGAUGAUAUUGGAAUGCAUUUGCUCUAAAAAGCGCUUUCAAUCAUCUA